CAGGAGAGCAGCUCCCAGCGUGCGUAGUCGUGGCCGAGUGGUUAAGGCGAUGGACUAGAAAUCCAUUGGGGUCUCCCCGCGCAGGUUCGAAUCCUGCCGACUACGGCCGGAGCUCCAAGAGCUCCGCACGGCUUUUAAAUCCCCGAUUUGUUUAUUUUUUUAAUUCCCGCAUGCCGUACAGGCGGCACGGCAGGCGAAAGGGCGAAAGCUCCCGGCUGCCCCCCGUGCUCCCCGUACCCCGGCGGGCUCGGAGGCUCCUCCCCUGCCGGCGGGGGCGGUGCGGGGCCGCCGUGGCAACGGGUGGCGGCGGCAAGAUGGCGGACGACUUGGAGAGGUUGCUGGACGAGGUGGAGGCGCGGCUCUGCCGCCUGUCGGAGCGGGGGGCGGCCCGCGGCCCGCUGCACGGCGGCCGGGAGGAUGAGGAGGGCGAAGAGGAGGAGGAAGGGGCGGCGGCGAAGGGCAGAUCAGCUAAAAUGUUAAUGAGACUUGGCAGCAGUGAAGAAGAUAUAGAUGAUGUUAUUGAUGAAAUCUGUAACGACAGCUUUGCCAAAAUGCCUCUGAAAUUGAAGUCUAACUCUGCAAGACUCACACCUGAAAACAAUAGUGCUGCUGUACAGACUCAUAGGAGAAGGUGCUGUCCAGUGUACCUGGGUGGAAGCUCUUCACCGAAUGGCAUAGGAACAAAUAUUUCAAAAAGAACAUGUGAUCAGCUACGUUGUACUGCUUGCGACUUCCGCGUGUCGCUUUUCAAUGACUACAUCUGGGAUCAGUCCUGUGAUUAUCUUUUUUUCAGGUAUGUCUCAGGAAUAACAUGCCUGAGCUCAGUAAGCUAAGAGCGAAGAUGAUAAAGAAGAAAGGGUCACGAGCAUAUGCUUGUCAGUGCAGCUGGAGAUCCAUUAAUGAAUUAACCGACCUCCAAGCAGACCAGCAGCUUCGGUGGGUUUGUGGUAAACAUGCAGAAUGAAAUCUUCUUGUGUGUGGUACCUAAUUCUGUAUGGAAUACAGGUCACAGGCUCCAUUUGUUUCCUACACUGUUUUCUGACAACAGAGGGAAACCUGAAUAUUUAUAUCUAGAAAUAGAUGGCAACACCCAGAGUUCAAUCCAAAAGCAUUUUUUCACUUUGUCUUUCAAGCAAUAUGAGGAGUUGGACUAAUAAACGAAGCAACCUAUUUGGAGGCUUUCUGGAGACUAAAUGAGUGAGGUUAAAGCUCACAUUCAACAGUGUUAAAGGAAGGAAGAAGAAAUCAACAGAUUAAGGCACAAGGCAAAGGGUGUGUUCCUCUUAUCCAGAAGAGAGCCUUAUUUCCCCUGUCUGCAAAAUGUUGGACUCAAAGAAAACAGUGGGCCACAAUCCAGCCAUUUCACACAAGCAUUUGAAUUUCUACACAGGAAUUAAUACUGUUCUGCUUUUCUCAUAGCUGUUAAUGAGCAAAUGGUUGUAGAUCUCUUUAAAAGUAUGCUGCAAGAUCAGCUCUCAUCUCAAAGGUUUCAUUCAGCACACCCCAAAACUUUAUUUUAGCCAACAACAGCCAAAAACUGCAGGUGUUGGAAAUUUCCUUCCAGUUUGUACUGCUUUCUUCAAAGCGCUUUCUGCUGACUCAGGACUUUUACUACAGUGAAUUUCUUGGACUUCCCUUCAGCCUUCACUGCAAGAGAUGAACAGGUUAUUGUGCAAUUAUUAAAUAUUUUGUAAUUUUAAAGAUAUUCUGAAGAGUAUAUGACACCUAUCAAUAUUUUCAAGGGAAAAAAGGUUCAGGCUUUGAAGAGUGAGAAAAAAUAUAUAUCUCCACUGAAUUUCAAAUUUUUUUUAAGUUUCACUUAGCUUUCACUUCAGCUUCACUUCAAAAUAUUACAUAUUCAGAAAGUGUAACUGUCCUGUUGCAACACAUUCCCUUCCCCCAGUAACUUCAUAAAACUACUUCCAAUAUGUUGUUACUUGGUGAACUGUCUUGAUUACAAUUCAUAUUAUGUAGCUUAUGAGCUUGUUCUUUUCACUAUGUAUAAAUAACACAGGAGAUGGAUUUGGGUUUGGGGAGAGGAGAAAGAAGGCGAGGAUUACCAGUCCUGGCAAUCAUUACAUUGAAAAGUGUCCCAAAAUGGGAAGUCUGCUUGUGGUUUUGCUACGUGGUAUGUGAAACUGUACCGAUAAAUUCAAAAUUACUUGCUUUGUGCAAAUUGUAGGCAUACAGAUCAUUUCAGUUUUCGUGAAGUUUUGCUCCUGGCCCUAAUCCAUUCAUGAUCAAUCUGAGCUUUUUCUGAGCUUUUUCAAAACAAUUGCAUGGUCUUUCUUACAGAAGUCAUCUCUUGAAUCUAUAGCCUUGUCUGUAUCCCUCUGAAAGAGCAGAUCCUGGUAGUGACCGGAGGCAUAAUGUACUCUGCAUCCUGCUCACCUUCCACUUUCGUGAGUGUUUUUUAGAGCCUGUGGAGGACCUGCAGUGUGCCUGGGUGGCCUAGCAGUGCUUACGUACGCAGUGCUUUUGCUCUAGAGUGCUCUAGAGUGCAUGUUCCAGUGCCACAUGUGUCCUUGCUAGUAGGCUGAGAUGAGUUGGGUUUGGAGAGGUACUUCAGGCUCUCUUGGCAUAAUAGAGUACGCACAUUUGGGGGUCAUGUAUUGUUUUCAAUGCAAUUGCUGUUUCAGACAGCAAUUUCAACUGCUUAAAUUCUAAAACCACAGGUUCAGGAGACAGGCAGACCAGAGACCAUUUAGUUAAUGUCCAAUCUGCUAUUGGAAGAGAUCAGCUGAGCUUUCUCUCCUUUCUGAUGAGAUAGUCCCAAUGUUAGAAGUAAGUGUUCGUGAGUUUUCUUCAGGUGUGUCUGAGCAGUUUCUGCUACUGGAGAACACCAGUGCUCAUGGUAAGAGAAGAAUGCAGCAGUAGCACUUAAUCUACUAGCAAGCUCUGGAAAAGAAGAAACCCCAUUCUUCUUCCUGAAGAGUAAUGUAUUUCAAAAAGUGCUAAGUUGCCUUGGCUCACCUGUCCCAAGGCCAUUUGAGACUGAUGACCAAGUAGCCCCAUAGGAUGCUGUUUUGGCCUGGAUUUCCACUGGACGUUGUGCCAUAAUGUGGGGAACAAGUUAGGCUUGCAACUUGUGAGCAGGAAUCAGGGGAAGUCCUAACAGGCAUCUGAGUUCAUGAGACCCAGUCUCAUGUGACUUGGAAAAGAAGCAUUUCUCCUCUAGCCUGUUUUAAACAAACAAACAGAAAUAGUCACCCCCCUCUGGAACAGUUUGCACUACCAAGCAUGUGGAGCAAGCCAGGCAGAAACAAAGUUCAAGGCAUCCUUCUUAGUGAUUUUUAUGACAAGAAGAUGGCCUGCAGCACUUGAAAAAGGGAGGCUAGGAAGGAAUUGAGACAAAAGGACUGAGAGUGUAAGAGAAUUAGCACAAAUAUCAGUUGAUACCAUUAGUCAGUAAUACUCCUGGGUCAUCUCAUCCCCCAUUCUUCUGUUAGCCUAGAGAGUUGCAGAAUUGUUAUCAAGCAAUCAUAUCACUAACACCAUUAAGACCACUCCAAGCCCUGAAAAUGUUAGAAGAUAGUCUUUAUUGGUAAGUGUAUAUGGAAACUUGAGCAUUCCCUGAAAUCAUCACGUUUAUUCAAGUGUACUUGGUUCUGGCCUUGAUCAGAGUGGUGGGAUAUGACAACACUUUGUCCAGGUGAAGUUUUAAAUGUGCAGAAAUGGUGCUUAUUGUAUUGUUUUCCAUUACAGAAUUCAGCAUAUUCCAAGAUCUGAGAAUAGUUAGUGUGUCAUUAAAUAUAAUUAUUUUGUUGGAAAGAAGAGUGGUUUUCAGUAUUUGAUUUCCCUACUUUUGCUUUCUUCAGUGUUGGAUGUUACAAACCACUCCAAAGCCUUCAAAUGAAAAGAAUGUAAAGAAAUGUAAAUUCGGAGCUUGCAUGUUUAUUUGAUGUUUAUUUGAUAUAAGAUUGCAAAAAGGUUCUCAAGAUGUAGCCCAGACCUGAUACGAUACUUCUGUGUCAGUUAUCUGAGAUAGCAGGGAUUAUAUAAAGAAUUUUGUUGAAGAAUGCCAUUCAGCUGUUGUCAAACGGAAGUACUGGGGAACAGUUUUGCCAAGUAUAAAUGUGACCAUUGUUUUCCUCCAGUUUUUGCUUUGGAAGAAAUAAUACCAUUUCUGUUUGUGAAGCAGGCAAGGUGAAAACUUGAGACUUUCAUUGGGCUUGGGUGGUAUGCUUGGAAAUUUUCUAGCCUGCAGCUUUAGUCUGUAGCAGAUCCCUCAACAAAACAGAAGCAAUGAAGUAUGACAAAAGGAGAAUCCGUGCAAAAGCUUGCACUUGGAAAUGUAGCCGGUGGUUUAAUGUCAUACCAGCUUUUCCAAAUCAGUGUUCCUGCAGUACUUCUGGAUAGGAAUCAAAUUCUGAUGUACCUAAUACAUUUUUAUAGCUUUCCUUUAUGAAAUUUUAAUGUGCUGUUCUAUCUCACUUGUUCUAUGUGCAAACAUAGAUGCAUGUUAUGUAGGGUGUCCAACCCAGACUCUGAAUAUAGCUCAGAAAAGGAGUUAUUAAGGAUAUUAGCCUGCCAUAAAAUUUAACUUGCAGAAGUGUAAUAGCAUUACAUAUGGCAAGCUCUGCAUUGUAUAAAAUUGAAUAUAUACAUUUCUUAUUAGCCAUUUCAGUUUUGUACUGAAGGUGUUCUGUAAAUGCCAGGCACUAGAUGCUUCCACGUGUUAGAAGACUGCUCACUUCUCUUGUUUCCUGACAUGUGAGUCUUUGGGCCAGGUCAUGUAACCAGCACAUGUGGGAGUCACACAGUAGGCUAUGUUGGGAGCUGCAUAGGCAAAUUCUUCUUCCCGACAGGCUUUUUUUGCACAGGGCCCGACCAAUUUUGCCUGUUGUGUGACACCCGAUAACCACAGACAGGCCGACCUGUGGGGGAUGGAAAUAAAGGAGUGUCAGGUGCUGCUCAUUUGUGAGAGCCACAUAUGAUGCCUGGGACCGGUCAUGUGUGCAUUAAGUAUUUUUUGAAUGUAGACACAUCAAUAAAAUGCAAAGUUGGAACAA